AUGUCUCAGAUAUCGGCUGUGGCGGGCUGCAGAUCCGACGCCCGUCCACACCCUGGCCUCAUGGCUGCGUCAUCUACCACCACGCCCGCGGCCCUGCCGUCCGCAUCGGCGUCCGAUGCCGUGGCCAAACUAGCCGCCGCUGCCGACACCACAACAGGGGUAGUAGGCCCAGCGGCGGCGGCUGCUGAGGCCGAGGCGGAAGCCUACGAGCGCACGCACGUCCAUGGCGUCUACGAUGCCAUUGCCCCGCACUUCUCGGCGACACGGUACAAGCCCUGGCCGGCCGUGGCAUCAUUCCUGCAUGCCCAACCCCCUGGCGCCGUAGGGCUCGAUGUAGGGUGCGGCAACGGCAAGUACCUGGGCGUGAACCCAGGCGUGUUCAUGCUGGGCUCCGACAGGAGCCGCUCGCUCAUCGCGCUUGCCAGGGACCGCUGCAGGCAGCUCCAGGGACAGCAGGGGCAGGCAGGAACUGGAGGGGAAGCCGGUGGCGCAGCAGUGGGUACCGACGUCCUCGUGGCAGACGGGCUCUCGCUGCCCUUCCGCGAGCGCGCUGCAGACUUUGCGAUCUGCGUGGCAGUCAUCCACCACAUGUCGACGCGGACGAGGCGGCAAGAGGCGAUCCGGCAGCUCCUGCAAUGUGUCAAGCCCGGAGAGGCCGGACGGACGGGGGGCCAGGUCUUGGUGUACGUAUGGGCUCUGGAGCAAGGCACCAGCCGGCGCGGAUGGGACGAGGGCGGGGAGCAGGACCUGCUGGUGCCGUGGGUCCUGAAGUCCCAGCAGAAACAGCAGAAGCAGCAGAAAGCGCGCAAGAGAACCCAGAGCCAAGGCACUGGCGGUGCUAGUGCACGCGACGUGGGCGGUGAGGGACCGCCUACACCGACUGCGUCUGAAGGGCGAGCGCCCAGCCAGGCCGAUCCCGUCUUCCAGCGCUACUACCAUCUCUACCGCAAAGGGGAGCUGGAAGGGGAUGUGCUGGCGGCAGGGGGCGUUGUCGUUUCCAGCGGCUACGAGAAAGACAACUGGUGGGUGGUGGCUGCCAACAGGCCCGUCGAACAGGACCAACAAUGA